AUGCAUCGCUCUACCGCUCGUCUACCAGUGCACCUUCUGAUCGACAUUGACCACACGCUAGUGCAUCCCAUCUACUACCGUGUGGGAGGCAACAACAUCGAUACCGCGAGGGACAUCAGCGCUCCACUGCUGUCCUCAAGUGUGCGAACACAGUGGCCGCUGAACUACGCUGGCGGUCGUAUCACCCGCGUGCACCUUCGGCCUCAUGUUGUUCCGUUCCUAUCACACGUGCUGCUGGAUCGCUUGCUGGACACCAGCGAGACGCAGGUGCACGUAUCCCUUUACACGCGCCAGAGCGCCGCCUACUGCGCCGCCAUAGCGAACCAGGCGCUGCUGCCGGCCCUCGCACAGUACAGGGGCAACUCAGCGCACAAGCUCCCCUCUAGUGACGUUUUUCACGGACUCUUCGGUGAGGAGCGCUGUGUGCGAGGAGAGUUUAAGGUGAUGCAUUCGUUGAACUCGUCUCCUCGUUUUCUUCCUGAGGGCAGCCCCGCUGGUCAGAGGCAGCCGGUGGAGGUGGCACCAUCCCUCGAGUGGAGCAAGACCAUCUUCGUGUCGCCCAGUCCCCUCACCACGUUGCUCGUUGAUGAUUGGUGCGUAAAUUUCCGCGUCACGGAACUGCGCACUGGGCAUUGCGUACUUGUCCCGCCCUACUACGCCGGCGCAGUGAAGUGUGCCGCCGAUGAUUGCUUCCGCGUGCCGCCGACUGAGGCCCUCUACGAUGUCAUCAACAUGAAUCUCGACGGAAGAGGCGGCGGCAUGUCGAGCGGAUGUACGACACACGAUCGUGUAGACGUUAACGAUGUCGUCGUACGUCUGCUAGACGUGUUGGAGGCCUUUGUGCACUGCUGCCACUCCCAUCGUAGUGUCAUCGAGGCUAUGCACGGCAGCUCCGCAGGCAUGUCUUGCGCUGACAAGCAAGCACCUUGUGCAGCGUACCAAUCAACAGCAAUGCCGCAUCCGUCGAUGGACAAGGCACUGAGCAGUUUCAACCUCUUUGACUGCUCAUCACUCUAUCGACGACAAUGGAACGCGUUCCACGCAGACCGCGAGGACCUUCUGCACAGCUACUUCAUCGACUGA